GAGAGAGGAGUGUCAGGACAUUGAGUGGGAAAGUUGGAGAACUUCUGAAAUGCGGCACAAGAAAGAAAAAGUUGUGUGGAGUCCUGAGAGCUGAGACACUACUGAGGAACAAACUUAAAAAAAAAAAAAGUUUUCUUUUUUUGCACUUCGGGGAUGUGUGUGUGUGUUUGUGAUGUUGCUUCUGUGGGAUGUUUUGCGUUGUGUUGUUAUGACAGACUCACACAUCGCGCUGCUUUACCGAUCACAAGCCCGGUGUGUGUAACGCGCGAGCUCUGAACGGGACCGGCCCGCUGUUUAACUUUGAUUUAUUUGUUUUGUAUUAUUAUUAUUAUUAUUAUUAUUAGUUGGGGGGGAAGGGGGCUCGGUGGAGGUCAUGGCGGGCGUGGUGCGCACCCUGAGCCGGUGCUUGCUCCCCGCGGACGCCGGACACGAGAGGAAUAACGGCAAGGACGGAGCGCGCGGACGGGACGCGAGCCAGGCGCGCGAGGCCAAGCGGCGGAGUCGCGAGAUCGACGCCAUGCUGGCGCGUGAGAGACGCUGCGUGCGCCGCCUGGUGCGGAUCCUGCUGCUCGGCGCGGGGGAGAGCGGGAAAUCCACCUUCCUCAAGCAGAUGAGGAUCAUCCACGGACAGCAGUUCGACCAGAAAGCGCUGCUGGACUUCAGAAACACCAUCUUCGAGAACAUCAUCAAGGGCAUGAGGGUAUUGGUGGAUGCACGGGACAAACUCAUGGUGCCCUGGCAGAACUUGGAAAAUGAGAAGCAUGGCAUGUUUGUUAUGUCGUUUGAGAACAAGGCGGGGAUGCCAGUGGAGCCGUGUACUUUCCAGCUCUAUGUGCCUGCCCUCCAGGCUCUCUGGGGUGACUCCGGCAUCCAGGAGGCCUACGGACGCAGGAGUGAGUUCCAGCUGAGUGAAUCAGUGAAAUAUUUCCUGGACAACUUGGAUCGGAUUGGACAACUGAAUUAUGUUCCAAGUCUUCAGGACAUCCUCCUGGCCCGCAAGGCCACCAAGGGCAUAGUGGAGCACGACUUCAUCAUCAAAAAGAUCCCCUUCAAGAUGGUGGACGUAGGCGGACAGCGCUCACAGAGGCAGAAGUGGUUCCAGUGCUUCGACGGCAUCACCUCCAUCCUCUUCAUGGUCUCGUCCAGCGAGUACGACCAGGUGCUGAUGGAGGACCGGCACACAAACCGCCUGGUCGAGUCCAUGAACAUUUUCGAGACCAUCGUCAACAACAAGCUCUUCUCUAACGUCUCCAUAAUCCUGUUCCUCAACAAGAUGGACCUGCUGGUGGAGAAAGUGGCCAAGGUGAGCAUCAGCAAGCACUUCCCCGACUUCCGGGGCGACCCGCGGUGCCUGGAGGACGUCCAGAACUACCUGGUGCAGUGCUUUAAGCGCAAGCGCCGCAACCGCAGCAAGCCGCUGUUCCACCACUUCACCACCGCCAUCGACACCGAGAACAUCCGCUUCGUGUUCCAUGCCGUGAAAGACACCAUUCUGCAGGAGAACCUGAAAGACAUCAUGCUGCAGUGACUGAGAAGCUAGCUCACGUGUCACAUGACCACUGUAGCUCCUACCACUGUGAGAUCAGACCGCCUUCUACACUUUCAGACGAACACUGUGGAGUCGAGUAGUACUGAUUUAUUGUAGCUGAUUGGAUUAUCGACUGUUGUGUGUAUGUGUAUGUGUUUGUUCGGUCCACUGUGUGUCCACUACGGACAAAAGCACGCAUCUGGGAACUGUGAUGUGAAACUGUCAUAAACAAGCAAGUUUGAUGGCAGAAAUAACCCUGACCUUUUGUGCCUUUGUAUGUGUGUGUGUGUGUGUGUGCACAUGUGCAUGUUUUGUGCAUGAGGAGACGGAGAAGGACUUGCCAAAUCCUUCCCGAGUCGACUCUGUGUGUACAAAGACGAAGCAUCGGAGUUAGUCAUCAUAAAGUGAAAUGAAUUAUCGACUUCCUGUCCGCUCCUCACCGCCACCGAUCCGAGCGUCUUCCUCCGAAACACAUCAGGCCUUGUCAAUAAAAUACGGCCUGGGACUCGGUGAAGCCGCCGGCGCUUGCUGUCCCUGAGUCAAAAUGGCUGAAAAGGUGUGAACAUCUCUUUUUAUCGGUUAUACUUUGCAAUUUCUUCAAGGAAUAAACUCCAAGCACUUCUGUUUCAAACCAUUUAUUUAUAAGUAUAUAUUUUUUUCUCCACAAGGACCAACUAAAAACAGAUUUUCUGCACUAACAUUUGAGAUAUUGUCAUGUCGAGUUCUCUUUAGACACUUUAGAACAAUUAGCACCACUUCUUACUCUUUCUGUUUCACUCGGACUUUCGAUAGUUGGUGUCAGAUCACUGGUUUUGUUUUCGCUUUUUAUUUAAUUUCUUUCAAACAUCACUAACUUCAGAUGAUUACGGCACUGAUGAGAGUGUCUAGAAAUUUCUGCACUAUGUGUGAACUUUAUGUUUUUUGAAUGUUUUUGUUUAAAGUUUUUUUUGUUGUUUUAAUGGUUCGUGCUGUGUAUUACAUUUUCUUCGACUUAUUGGAGGGAGAACGAGUCCAAGCAGGGUUUUAGAAAAAGCGUCUGAUCUCAGAGGAGGUGAAGAGAGAGUCUCUCCCACAGCUCGGACAGAAAACAAGGCUGAUUUCAUUUGAGCAGCCGGGUUGCAGAGCUCCCCCACCUCUGGAACGCUCUGAACUCCCAGGCGGAUUUGCAAACGUUGAGAAAUCAGUAAUGCAGCGGGAUUGACUUUUUUCAUAGGCGCUUUCUUUUUCCCGUCUCCGAGCAGGCUGUGCUGACUCAUGCGCUCUGCCGAAGCGGAACGACUCCUCCGAAUAAGUCUUUACACUCGCGCUGUGCGAGUUAAUCGAUCUCCUGUUGGUGGUUUCAGUGAACAAUUUUCAAUUCAGAAUCGAUUCACACUUUUUGUGUUUGUAUAAACUUUCUAAUGUUAAAUAGUCAAAAAUUUUCUAAACAUUUUGCUCACGUUUUGCAAGAGUAUCGCUUGUUCUUCUUUUACGAGCGGGUUGGUGCGCUAGCGCCACCCACUGGACAGAAGUGGGGAGAAGAAGAUUGGCAGGGAAAAAAGAUGAACCCUUUGUACGAGACACGGCAUUUAAACAACCAGUGCUUCUUGGAUGCUUGUAGUAGUUUUUAAACCUUCUAAAACUAUAAUAAAUAUACUGUAGCUGAUUAAGACAACUCAGACAAGUGCUAUGGAACUGAAUCAAAUCACAAUGCCCGAAAAUCAGAUCGAGUCGACGGUUUACCCAUGAUUCACAGCUCUACGUUACACACAGGAGUUGAAAAAUUUAGUGGUACGGGCGUGUACCCGAGUCCAUCCUUUCCCAUACCAUAGCGGGUGUGAGUUAUUUAGCUUUUUCUGACCUAACUGAGGAAAAGCACGUGUUUAGAGGCUGGGACUCUUUCUCACCAGCUUGUCCUAGACAAGUUCAAGCUUGACAAACAUUACAUCCUCUCCCUUCUGUUAGGAAAUCAGCGGUAGUCCAUCUGCCCCUGAUAAAAUGUUCUCUGCCUGGCCAUGAGGGCGUCUGGUGCAUGCUGGUCAGUGUGUGCUGUUGUUUCCAGCUGAUCAAAUGCCUCACGUUCCUCCCCAAAGUAAACGGCUCACACAUUAAUGCCUCAUUCGUUGCAAUUCACUUCUUUUUUUCACAGUCAUCUGAAUUGUGACUUCAAUGAAAUGAAUCUGUACUAAUCAGUGUUUGUUUGACCUGAUGUCUAAUUUAAUAACCUUUUAAAGUAAAGUCAUAUUAGCAGCCAAUAAACACCGUCCUGUUGUUCCACAGAGAUGAUGAUGUAUAAUAAAAACUUUUACAAAGUGUUUUAACACUAAGUACAUAAAAAAUUGUGUGUCGUGUUAAAAUGCUAAUUGAAAGCCUCACCUUUUAAAUGUGUGGUAUUUCAGUCUGCAGAAAUUUUCUUAAAGAUAUUGCUUUAACAGUCUGCUCAUAUAAAUAAUUAAUAACGGCUAUCACUGGUUCCUCAGACUCAUUAGCAUCUAGAGUUUGUUUCUUUACAAAUUCUGUGACUUCUAAAUGUUUCCAUUUUUUUAUUUCUCUGGUGACUGUAAAUAUGUGAACGUUUCAGAUUAACUGUAUUACUGUACAUAAGAACUCUAUAAAUUCUUUAAAAAAAAAAAAACUGUUCGCUGCUGUUUUUAAUCCAUCUGUCCAAUGCAUACUCUUGAUACCUAAAAUUCUACUGUUAAACAAUUGCUCUGUUUAUAGUUUUAUGGUUGGGAUUUUUUUUUUUCAGUAACUAAAACGUGAUUAGUAAUCUUAUAGAAAUAUUGUUGCCAAACCCAUCUUCAAUUUCUUAAAAUAAGUUUACAGCAAACCAAAUACUCAGAUAUGAUUGGACUGCAGUUCCACAAAAAACAGAGUUCACAGUCCAAUACAGUGGAAAACAGCUUGUUUCUAAGUCUUAUACCUGUUUAAGAUUAUUGAGCUUUUUUCUAGUCAAAUGUUGCUAAAAUUGUGAGUGAAAAUUUCUUGUUUUAUUGGCUGAUAAUUUUGCUUCUUUCAUGAAACAGGUUUCUAAAGCUAGCAACAUAAAAGCUAGCAAUGUGUGACAUUUUCGUGGUGAAUUAAUGCAGGUUGUUGAAAACUGCUUAUUGUGAAUGGGGUGAAUAUUAAUGCAAACUAUAAUAAAUAAAUUAAUUCAUUUAUUCAUCUUCAUCACUGCUCUAUCCUGUUUAAGGGUCACGGUGGAUAACGUUGUGGUGUGAAGCUGGCAGGAAGUCCACAGUAACUUUAAUAACCACUCUUUACAACCGCGGUGAACAGAAAAGCACAAUGUAAUGAACCCGAAGGUGCUGAUCAGCCGUGACAUUAAAAACAAUCCUCCAAUCCUCGGGUCAUGACUCCUUUAGACCUCUGAAGGUGUGCUGUGUUCUCUGAGACCUCAGCAGCAGAUCCUUAAAGUCCUGCAC